CUUUACCCCCCCCCCCCCCCCCCCCAAUCCUCUUCUAACUCCCAAGUCAAGCUCCCGCAUUUCAUCGCAUAUAACCUCCACUGCACGAAGUUGCACUCAUCUGUGACCUUCGCUGCUCUUGUCCUUCUCCAGCAAUUGAAAGCACACUUCCCCACUGCUCGGGGAUCUUCGGGACACCACCAGUUCGUGUCUGCAUUC